CCGAUAAAAUAUAAUUUGUAAAUUCUUACCAUUUACAUAUGAAAUAAGCUCUACCACCAUCACAGAAAUAAAAUUAGAUUUCAUUUUUGCAAUCAAAUUUUGAAGAGAAAUGGCAACCAUCACUGCUGGCACUCUAAACUCAUCUGUCACCCGCGCGGGUCUCCUAUACAAGCCAUUGGUUAAGGUUUCAUCCUCACCUGUUCUUGGGUUGCCAGCAAUGAGAAAGAUGGGAAAAGUGAGAUGUUCGAUGGAGGGAAAGUCUUCAAAAUCAAUGCAGGAAAGUGACUCAAAGAUGGGCAUGGGAGCAUCAUUGAUUGCAGCGAUCUGCGCUGCAACCAUGUCAAGCCCAGCCAUGGCCCUAGUGGAUGAGAGAAUGUCCACUGAAGGGACAGGUCUUCCCUUUGGUUUGAGCAACAACCUUCUUGGUUGGAUCCUGCUUGGUGUGUUUGGUCUCAUUUGGACUUUCUAUAUUAUUUACACAUCUUCUCUCGAAGAGGAUGAGGAGUCUGGAUUGUCCCUCUAAACCCAAAUCUCAUGCUGAAGGGAAUGUAGACAAAGCCAAGAGUUUGGCCCUUCCUCCUCCAUUGUACUAAAUUAAACUACGUUUAUGUGUUAAUGUAUUGUACUUGUUUCUUAAUUA